AACGCGAGACCAUAAGAGAAUUUUCCUGCAGCAACACAUACGAAAUAAAUACCAGUUUCACGCGAAUAGGUGGUUAGGAGAGUGCAUCAUGGACGUGGCCAGCCACAGUCUCUUCCUCUUGAAACAGCUGAAUGUCCAAAGGGAGUUUGGUUUCCUUUGUGACUGCACCGUUGCCAUUGGCAAUGUGUACUUUAAGGCUCAUCGAGCAGUACUGGCUGCCUUCUCUAACUACUUCAAGAUGAUCUUCAUUCACCAGUCCAGUGAGUGCAUUAAGAUCCAGCCAACAGACAUCCAGCCAGAUGUCUUCAGCUACCUGUUACACAUCAUGUAUACAGGCAUGGGCCCUAAACAGCCUGUGGAUCAGAGCAGGCUGCAGGAUGGCAUCAAGUUCCUCCAUGCAUACCAGCUCUGCCGUAAGGCGGGAGAGGGCGGACCUGAUGCCUCUUCUGACACUAUCCGCAUGUCCAACCUCUAUGGCAUCCAGAUCUCCUCUCAACUUGCCACCAAAGAGCCACUAAAAGCGGGCAGCUCACGGGAAGCUGAGGACGGGCGCUCCAGUGCCCGGGCCGAGCGGACACAUGGCCGGCCGGCUCUGGCCGUGGGGCUGGAGGGGCUUCCACCAGAUAGACAACCCCAUGCCCUGCAUGGCGUCUCUUCCACGGCCUCAGGGGACGACUCUGACAUUUCAGCCCGCAUCAAACAGGAGAGGGUGGAAGAGGAAGAACCAGACGAGGGUGAGGAGGAGCUGCGUGCACCUACCUCCCUCCCCUCUAACCAGGGCAGCCCAUGUCAGGCCAGCCACUUCAAGGACGGCCCCCUGGCACUGCUGUGCCCUCGCUGCGGAGAGCGCUGCCUCUCUCCCGAGGGCCUGCGCGAGCACCUUUUCAGUCACUCAACCUGCGCCCUGAUGGAGGGUGCAGGCGAGGAUGGCGGCGGCGAUGAGAGGCGGGCAGUAGAUGAGAGGCGUGUCCAGAAGGAGCGCUCUGACAUCGGCAGCCUUGAGGAAGCGCUGCGACAGAGCCAGGCUCUGGCUGACGAGCUGGCAGCCGAGGCGAAGCGGAGCGCGGGUGGUACGGUGGCAGCGGGCGGCGGGGUCAGUGGCAGCCCUCCGGCGGGCUUCACACGCAAGAGGAAGAUGGCAUGUGCCGUGUGUAACCAGCGUUUCUCACAGAAGAGCCAGCUGCAGGAGCACAUGUUUGCGCACGUAGGCAAGCCGCUGCGCUACCACCGUUACGGGCGCUUCUGUGGGCCGCUUCUACACGGCUGCGAGGGCCCGGCAGACAUCGGGCCAGCCGCACCUGACGACGCUGCCCGGGAAACUCAGGACAAUGGCAGCUCCUGCUACUCACUGGACUCUGAGGUGUCGCAGGAGAGCGUGGACGCUGUGACCGUGGAGUGACACAUGCCUGCUGGCCUCAGAUAUACGCCGCUUCACUCCCUCUGAUCCAACCUGUAGGAGGAGUUCACGUUUUUGUUUCUCCUCUUCAGUUUUGACACACUCCCUUCUGUCCUGUCUCAUAUACUCCCAAUUAGUAUGUUUCUGUUUGAGAAGUGCUCUUUAUAAGGCCCCUGUCUUGAUGAGUUCAGUGUUUGUGUAUAUUGAAUUGUGGUUUGUGAAUAUAACUGAGCUGGACUGAAGAGUGAGGCAUUGCAUAAUUUUCAGUAAUACCGUAUUUUCAAAGACUAUCUUGAUUAGUAGAGCACAUGAAACUAAACCAGCACAGACAAAGAAUUUGAACUCAGUUUUACACCCAAUUUGUUCUUGUAACAAUGACACAUAUCAACACAUUACACCUCACAAUUGUUUUCUUGUUGUGCUGUAGCCAGUAUUCAAUUUAAAAAACAAAAUCAAGCAGUUAAAAAUAAAAUCUUGCAGUAAAUCUGGUUCAGUGCCUUAGAAAUAUUUGCCACGCGACACUGAAACUAAAAGCACUUGUUGCCCAACCAAAUCCAUAAAGUGGUACAUAAUGAGAAUAGUGUUCCUUCUUUAAUAGUUGGCUAUGUUGGUGUCACUAAAUUAGUGUAGUGCCUAAUUCUGUGAAAUGCUCUAAGAAGUCUGCACAACAGCAGUAAAGGGAUGAAAGAAUGUGUGCAACUAGUGCUUUUGGCUUUUUGUGACUCUCGAAAGACUUGUCAAAAUUUACUCUGUAUGUAUCAUGGUACUAAAAGUACAUGACCACCUCUCUUGGUAUCUUACCACAUAAAUGUAACAUCUUGUAUUUUACAUAACGACUGGUGAAGUAAUAUCACUGUCUUGAAGAAAUCAGAGCCAUUUAGUCUUGUAGAUCAUCUGUCAACAGCUUUAGCGUAUGGCAUGCUCUGACCUCUAUGGCUCUUAGGAUAUGGUUGAUAAUUGAUUUGGAGAAAAAAAACAAAACACUUUUUCCUUAACAAUCCACAGCCCAGAUUUAUUGACCACCAAUGCAGCAGAGGUCAGUGUACUGUGAUGAGAAGGUUAAACCAGUGACAAGCAAAUGUCUGUGAUACUUUUGUGACUUGUAGAGUACAUCUUGAAUAGUCUCUUUAUGAUCAAAUCUGAGUAAUAUUGUGUGAUACUGUGUGCUGAUUAUUUUUUUAUAUAAAUGACAUUUUCAAUUACCAGCAGUUUAAUUUCCUACAUCAAUACCGAUGUGUUUUAUUUAAAUCAAAGAACAACCAUCAAUGAUUGCAAUACAAACUUUCAACUUAAUACCACUUCCCUAUUUUACCACUAGAGGGUAUCAUUUGCCUGAGAAGUGUAAGCAUGUUUCCAGAGCAAGUGGUUGUUAUCAAUAGAAUGUUUGACAUGAAGGAUUUACAAACUGCCAAGGUGAAGCCAAAUGUUGACUAAAUCAAAUCUUAAAAUAAUCUUAAAAAUACAUUUUGGGGUGUUAUUCCUACCACAUCCAGGAUAAUUAGAACAUAUUUAUUAGAUCAUAAAUAUUUUACUAUAUGGUCUACAUUUAAAUAUGAAUAUGGGCCACAGGAAUUAAAAUGACU